GGAAGAAAAGUGAGCGCUCCAGCGCCACGUCGGCAGAACCAACAAGAUAAACGUAUACUUUUUUUUUUUUAGUUUUGAAGCUUCGGGUAAACGAUUUACAACGUGCACCAGUAGAGAAAACAAGUGGUUAUUUUCAAAGUAAACACAAAAUUAUUGCCCUUCGCACUUAAAUAUAAUAAGUGCUUAAACUUGUGAAAGGAUCCAAGACGAACGAGCGCACCAAUCAUUUGUUUCAGGUGCGUUUUUGCAAGACUUCAUCGUACUCUCUGCAAUCAAUCGUCAGAAAGUUCUGGAAACAAUGGUCAAGAACGUGAACGUCAGCGCUGAAACCCAGCCGGGAACGAGUCUCGUGGGUGAGGAGGCCGAAUCCACGGAGAGCAAACCUGUUCCAGAUGCGCCCAAGGACGAGGGCAAGGACCACCCGGUGGCGGCGGGGCCGGGCGUGGUGUGGAGGGUGACGGGGGGCCUGCUCAGCGUCACCCGGGGUGUGGUGGGAGCCACAGUGGGGGGCGUGGCCUGGCUGGGCGGGAAGAGCCUGGAGAUCACCAAGACGGCCGUCACCACCGUCCCCUCCGUGGGCGUCAGCCUCGUCAAGGGGGGCGUGUCGGCCGUGGCCGGGGGCGUGUCCUCGGUGGGGUCCACGGUAGCCAAUAAAGUCCCCUUCACGGCCAAGAGGAAGGACAAGGCUGAGUGAGGAGGAGGAGGAUGAUGAUGAUGAUGGACAGUUUAUAAAUGCAACGCCCUCCUGAGCCAUAAGAGAGACCCGUGAGCGACGAGAAGCUUGGUGUCGGCUGUGAUCACAGGUCCAAAAGGGGACCGUUCCAUUUUUCUUCUGAAAAACCUUGUUUAAAAGUGCCUUCGGUUGCUCAACUCUUUUCACGCAAGUGUUUGUUCUGUUGGUUCUGUUUUUCGUCCUAGUGUGUGUUUUCACCCCAGUGUGUGUUUUCACCCCAGUGUGUGUUCUUCUUUGUAGCUCCUGUUUGAGAGGUCAGAGGUGACAGCCACAGCCUCCACUCUUCUGUGGCCCCGUUGGGUUUCCACCUAGAUGCAGGUCUGGGUCUAGACCGUCCUUGUCCUAACUGCACCAGGCUGUAUAACUGACCUUCGACCCACUUAUGACAGCGUCAUUUCAAUCAACUCUUUCAACCCCAAAUGCCUCCUUCCUUCAAACCCAUUGUCAGCCUUAAAGCUUAGCUGGUGAGUUUAGUAUUGUCACCACCUGCCAAGGACAUGAAUGACAGGUCAGAAUACUUUCAGGUUCUCUAAUAGGCUUCUGUCUCUAUACGGAACAUGGACUUUGUAAACCGACGUUGAAGACGCAGCAUUAUAUAAUGUUUGGAGAAUCCUAUUUAGUGUCUGGCAUGGCUGGUCACUCCGUAUAGACUGAUUCCCAGUAAACAAAGUACCUCCAGAGCUUGAGUCCCGUUUGGUGUCUGAUAGCAGGGUGUGAUGAUGGCGAAGCCAGGGGAUAUUACAGGGAAACUAUAUCAAGCUAGGAUUCAGUCUUCAAUCAAAUUCCAUUUUACUCAAAUCUAUUUAUAUGGAAGGGCUUUUUCAGAUUUCUGACCCUUUUAAACAUUUGUAUGUGAACAUUUAAAUUGAAUUAAAGCAUUUCAAUGCAACAUUUGUGUUUUCCCGUGACAGUGCCGUUGCAGGUGGAAAUACUGUCAUGGAUGUUUUUACUUUCCAGCAUCAUAAUAAAGUCUUUUGGAAAUCGUGA